AUGUCGAUUAAUGAAUCAUGGUUUCAAGUAUAUGCUAUUCGGCCAACUGUUUUUGCUAUUUAUGAACCAUAUCAACAUCAAGACGUAAUAUCUUAUCUUAUUGUUGGUCCAAAAAAAUCUCUUCUUAUUAAUAUGGAAAUGGGAAUUGGAAAUAUCGAACAAGUUGUUAAUGAAUUUUCAUCUUUACCAAUAAUGGUCAUUAAUAUACAUACACAUCAUGAUCAUGCUGGUGAUAAUUGGCGUUUUGAAUAA